AUGGAACAAAUAGAAGACGAGAUUUUAUUCGAAAUAAAUAAACCGAAAGGAAUGUGGGAGCGUCAAUGGAUUAGUCGCAGAUCAAUGCUUGGAGGAAGUUCUUUGUUGUUAAAAGAACUGGCUAUUGAAGAUCUUAAAGAAUAUCGCGAUUCGAUGAGAAUGACAGAAGAAUCCUUCAAUUGGUUACUAAACAAAGUAAGGCCUGCUAUAGAAAAAAAUGAUACUCACAUGAGGAGUGCAAUACCGGCCAAAAUAAAACUCCAAGCAAUUAUUUAUAUGCUUGCAACAGGAAAUAAUUUGAGGAGCCUAUCUAAUUUUUUCAGAAUAUCUAAAUCUAGCCUUUCGUUAAUGAUUCCUGUAACUUGUAAUGCCAUCUACAAUGCUUUGGAGGAAUUUAUACAGUUUGCGAACAGUGCACCGAACAUAGCACACCACAAUCAGAAACCUGUAACGAUCGAUGCACCAUGUGAUCGUCAGUUGUUCACAUUUUUUCCACCCAAGCAGGUGGCGGACGAACACAAUCUGUGCUCACAAACCUGCGAAUAUAAUUUUGUUCCCAGAAAAGAACAGUCAGGCCUAAGUUAUCAUAACAAGCCGCGGUUCAGUAGCUCUAAAUAA